UCAUUGCAGUUAUGCUUUGAUUGUACUGUAAGUGUCAUUCAAAUCAGUCCAUUGAAUCAGUUUUGGUGAUAUAUAUGACACAAUGUCAGACAAUUUGUACUCAAGAGAUGCGUUUGGAGGACAAGACAUAGACUUAUUUCGAUUAAGUGGUCCCCGAAGUGACCAAAACUCAAACGAACCUCAAAGACGAAGAGUUGACUUCAAUGUGAGCCAAAGAGCCGCUCAAUCGACCGCUUCUCACGUGAAUGCCAUCAACAGAUCCAUUGACGUUGGAUUCGCUAAAGACAUAUCUGAACGAGACUUGAAGGUAGCGGUGGUUGUGUUGGAUUCGGUGCAUGCGAUCACACAAUACCUCUUAACACAUCCACUGGUUGUGAUCCGCAGACAAACUCAAGUGAGCCUCGGCAGCAAAGUAUACCACUUGACGCCAUUCACUGUCAUCGCACUGGUUGUCGGCAUUCAAUCUCGACAAGGCUUCGGUGUCCUCUGGAAAGGAAUCGCAAGUGUUUUCCUCACGAAAGCCAUUCAAAUCGGUUUGGAAUCCAUUAUCUCCGAAAUGACUCCAUUUGUCAGAGAUUUUAGCUCAAAGAAAAUGAGUGUCGAGUCAGUGACCCAACACUUGCUUCUGAAAGGAGUGGCCAUAGUAUUGGUGACACCAUUCCUGUGCUCGAGUUGUGCGGAAACAGUCCAGAGUUCUAUUGCCUCCGAAAAUCCAGGAAUUCUCGACUCCAUUUGGGAAGGCUUUCGACGGCUGACUCACUGGAAAAUUUCAGACCGAAAGCUCCCGAUAUGGCACUUAUGCGGACCAACUCUUAGCUAUCAUUUAAGUUAUUAUUUGAUCUCUAGUUGUGUUCAAAAAGUUUCACUUUAUGUGAAAAACAGUGACAAGACUACCAGAACAGAGAAUAACAAUAAAUUGUUUGAUAAAUACAAGGAAAUAAUGAGUAGCUUUUGGGGACAACUAGUGGCCGACGUAAUGCUAUUUCCAUUGCAAACAAUUUUGAUGAGGCUCUACCUUCAGGGCACCCGAACUAUCAUCGAUAACGUGUCAAAGCCUAGUGCUGUCACUCCUAUUAUCUCCAACUAUGAGUCGACCACUGAUUGCUUCGCAACCAUUGUUAAAGACGAAGGAAGACUGGGACUGAUGAAAGGAUUUGGAGCUCUCGUCCUCCAAUACUCUAUUCAUUACUCGCUCUUAAGGCUAACCAAAUAUUGUCUUAACAAAACCAUAUCUGGUCUCCAAAAUGAUUAGCUAUUUAUUUGUUAAAAUUGUUUUAUAAGUGUAAGAUUAUACUGCCAAAGGUUUCUGAUUGAAAUCGAUCUUAAACUUGUCUUUUGCCGAUUUCUUGGCCGCCCACGAGGGGUGCAGUGAUUCACCCGAACCUUCAUUACUGGUGUUACCUCUGCUUUGGGCCACACCUACGAUUAGCAUUCAACACAAC